AUGGCAGUCUUGCAAAGUUUUCUUGCCAUGUCGCAGUCUCGGUCGGGCGCUCGACAGGAAACUCGUCGCUCUCCUACUAGUCCUAACAAUCCACUCUCUUCUACUCGUCAGCGCACUCGUGCACAGACUGCUGCGUAUCUGCUUGGUAUCCGUCCAGAACUACCCGAUGUCAAUGAUGAAGGGGCCAAUCGCAUGAAUGCAGUUCAAAUAUUUUACGAAGGAAUGGCCGACCAGCCAAUAAAAGAACUUACCGCAGGACAGUACCAGGACACUAAUCUCGACAAAACGACCAUGGAUGUUCCAGAUAAAUAUGAACACUUAGGCUGGCGGUUGUCUACCGCCCGCCGCACGGAUCCCCCCCACCGGCUUUUGACUGUCUAUGAUAUCGAUAGUGCAUUCAGGGAUGCGAGGGCGGCCCAGACCUCUGGGAGACAAUGUAAGAAGAUCGCUAUUGUAAUCAUCAAUACGAAACCCACGCCAAAAGAAAAACCAACUAAACAAAGCGCAGGCAUAUCUUCUGCAAGCGAGCAGGGGCUUUUACCGCCCAGGAUACUUGUGAUCUCCGACGAGGCACUUGUCGAACGACAAGGACACUCUGUCCCUCAAUCGCUGAAGAGGACGUAUGCACUUUACCUGGAUAGCGAUGAGGAAUCCAGUAACGACGAACCGUCGCAAAAUAUCACGGACGUCAGUGACGAGUAUCCACUCUCGCUAUCCUGCCAUGAACUUCCGUCAAUAUGA